UUGUAAAUUAAUUUAUUUUAAUUAAUUUCAGCUGACAUUUAAUGAAAGCAUCUUAAAGAAUUUCAACUAGUCGUUCACAUUAAUAAACUAGAUCGUUUGUACUAAAUACAUUGUAAAACUGGUUAUUAAUAAACUUUCUUUUAGGGAUAAGUAAGAGGAGUCAAUAGUGAUGAAGAAAUCACCUUCUGAGAAUAAGUUAGUCCAAACUUAAAAAGCAUAUAUUAUGAUAUAACCAAAACUUGUUGAGAUAUUUGAUGAGAAUAAGACUAAAAAAACAUAAUUACGCUUUGAGAAUUCUAUUUCUCAGUUGAAAACAGUCGAUACAAUAUAAGGAAAGGGAUAAGACAAUAAAGAGACUCCACUAACCAGUGAAACAAAAUCAAAAAGAAAAGAAUCAAUGAAGUAAGUUUGUUUAAUUAACUUUUUAGAUAAUCCUUGAGGAUUAUAACUUAACUUUGAAGAAUGGUUUUUAUAUUGAAUAAUUCUCAUUUGAGACAUUUCAUAUAUUUUUUAAAUA